GUUGGAAAACAAAACUUUGGGUAGGGGGAGGGGUGUGGCGCCGCCCCCGAUGUUCUCUGAACGCCCCUGUUGAGAAACGCUUUACUACAGCGUCUCAUUCUGCAGAUGAGGACUGUAACCUACAAGACUCCGCGGGAUUGGACUAGGAAGGACUCAGCUGCCUCACUAGAGUUUGAGAAGCAAGAUAGUGUGAUGAUAAAGAUGGAGCAGAAUGAAAACAUCCAGACGACACAAACACCAGAUGUGAAGACGAAAACCUGCCAGUCUUCACCAGGGCAAGAUCGGACGAAUGUAAAACAGGAUGAGAAGGAACUGAAAGAAGAUUCCAUCACUUGCCAUCAAGUUGGGAUGUGGUUCAAUCAACAAGCAAACCUUAAGCAGCACAUUAAAACUGAACAGAAGCCUUUUACCUGUUCUCAGUGUGGAAAGUGUUUUACAUUGAAACAAAACCUUGAAAUUCACAUGAGAAUUCACACUGGAGAGAAGCCUUUCACCUGCUCUCAAUGUGGAAAGGGUUACAUAAUCAAACGAAACUUUGAGAAUCACAUGAGAAUUCACACUGGAGGGAAGCCUUUUACCUGCCCUCAAUGUGGAAAGAGGUUUGUAAAGAAAAAAGGCCUUGAGAAUCACAUGAGUAUUCACACUGGAGAGAAACCUUUUGCCUGCUCUCAGUGUGGAAAGAGUUUCAUACAACAAAGUAGACUUAAGGUUCACAUGAGAAUUCACACCGGAGAAAAGCCUUUCACCUGCUCUCAGUGUGGAAAGAGUUUCAUAGUGAAAAUAUGCCUUGAGAAUCACAUGAGAAUUCACACUGGAGAGAAGCCUUUCACCUGCCCUCAGUGUGGAAAGAGUUUCAUAGAGAAAAGUUGCCUUAAAAAUCACAUGAGAAUUCAUACUGGAGAGAAGCCUUUCACCUGCUCUCAGUGUGGAAAGAGUUUCAGCAAACAAGAUAGUCUUAAUAAUCACAUGAGAAUUCACUCUGGAUCUAAACCUUUCUUCUGCCAUUAUUGUAUAAAGAGUUUCACAUUUAAAAGAAGUCUUGAGUAUCACAUGAGAAUUCACAUUGAAGGGAAGCCUUUCACCUGCUCUAAGUGUGGUAAGAGUUUCACAGUGAAACAAAGCCUUGAGAGUCACAUGACAAUUCACACUGGAGAGAAGCCUUUCACCUGCUCUCAGUGUGGAAAGAGUUUCACAGUGAAAAAAACCCUGAUGAGUCACAUGAGAUUUCACACUGGAGAGAAUCUUUUCACCUGCCCUCAGUGUGGAAAGAGUUUCACAGCGAAACUACACCUUGAGCGUCACAUGAGAAUUCACACUGGAGAGAAGCCUUUCACCUGCCCUCAGUGUGGAAAGAGUUUCACAUUGGAAAAAAGCCUUGAGCGUCACAUGAGAAUUCACAUAGAGAAGACUGUCCUCAGUAUCGGAUGAGUUUAAAAAUGCACCAAAAACAGUUUAGCACCAACUCUAUUCAAACAAACCUGAACAAGCUAAUCACGUUCUUCUGGAUCGCUUGAAAAUCACAGGCAGGUGUGCUCAAGCAGGUUGGAAAUAAAUUUUGCUUGACCAUGGGUCCCCAGGAGCAGGGUUGAAGACCUAUGUUUUAUGUCAAUGGGUCAAUGGGAAAUUUUGGUCAGGAUGCCAGGUUUACAGCCUUACUCUUUAGCAAGUGUUCAUGCGAGAGAUAAUUGCAGCAAUCAUAGUCAUAAUCUUUAUUAUUAAUAUGAAAAAUUGUACAGCCCUAACAAAAAUGUUGAAAUAAGUUUCAUUAAUCUGUCCAAGCCAGAACUGUAACUGAUGGAAAGAAUCUCUACAUGUCAUGUUUACUCUGUUUUUGUUUUAAUGGACUCUU